CUGAUGGAUCUGCAGCUGAGUGACAGUAACUUCCGCCGGCACAUCCUGUUGCAGUACCUCAUACUGUUCCAGUAUCUCAAGGGACAGGUCAAGUUUAAAAGCUCAAACCCCGUUCUAACAGAUGAACAGUCUCUGUGGAUUGAAGAUACUACAAAAGCAGUUUACCAGCUUCUUUCAGAAAAUCCUCCAGAUGGGGAAAGAUUCUCAAAAAUGGUAGAGCAUAUAUUAAAUACUGAAGAAAACUGGAAUUCAUGGAAAAAUGAGGGCUGCCCAAGCUUUGUGAAAGAAAGAUCUCAGCCAGAGUUUCAGCUUGGACCUGCUGAUUCUAAGCCAAUGAGGCCUGUGAGGAAGAGGCCAGCUCCAGAGGACUUCCUGGGGAAAGGACCAAACAAAAAAAUCCUUAUGGGAAAUGAGGAACUGACCCGCCUUUGGAACUUGUGUCCUGAUAACAUGGAAGCUUGCAAAUCUGAGAGCAGGGAAUAUAUGCCAACGUUGGAGGAAUUUUUUGAAGAAGCUAUUGAACAAGCAGACCCUGAAAACAUGGUUGAAAAUAAGUACAAGGCUGUGAACAACUCUAACUAUGGCUGGAGAGCACUGAGGCUUCUAGCACGCAGAAGUCCACACUUCUUCCAGCCAACAAACCAACAGUUCAAGAGUUUACCUGAAUAUCUAGAAAACAUGGUAAUCAAAUUAGCCAAGGAGCUGCCUCCUCCUUCUGAAGAAAUAAAAACAGGCGAGGAUGAAGAUGAGGAAGAUAAUGAUGCUUUAUUAAAGGAAAACAAUGAAAGCCCAGAGGUGCAGCAGGACAAGGCCAUGACGGGCGAGCAGAUCGAGGCCUUGGCGGCCAGGCUGGGCGAGCACUGGAGGGCCCUGGCCCCCUACCUGGAGAUGAAGGAGCCCGACAUCCGGCAGAUCGAGGCGGACAGCGAGGACGUGAGGAUGAGAGCCAAGCAGCUGCUGGUGGCCUGGCAGGACCAGGAGGGGGCACACGCCACCCCCGAGAACCUGGUGGCGGCGCUGGGCAGGGCGGGGCUGGGCGAGCUCGCCGAG